CUGUGUUUGCAUUUCCUUGUUUGCAGCCGACGUUCACCAUAAGCUUGGUCAGAAACAAACCAACCAGGUGGAAUUUGAAGCAGCACAUUUUUCAGAUGAGCUAGCAGUGGCGACCGCGCUGGAACCCGGGGCGAUGCAUCGUGGAACAGUCGGCAAGUGCGACCCUCUGGCAACUUUGAAAGAAGAUCAGAUACAACUGCUGGAAGAUAAUUUUGCCCGAAGGAGGCAGCCUGACGCCUCGUCACUGAUGUUGAUCUCGGCCGAGUGCGGGCUGACGGAGGAGGCGACAGCGCUAUGGUUCAAGCAGCGUAAUGCGAAGUGGAGGCAAUCAGAAGGAUUUCCACCAGAGAGUACCUCUGUCAAAGACUAAACAGAAAAACCCAGCCAGAAGCAUCAAAAUGGAACAGUUCUACAAUGCAACUAAUUUCACCGCCCCUUUGGCCACCACUGCUCAACGCUUGUGUCUCCCAGACUAGGGUGUGAACAGAAUGCUGUCUCAUUAAGUUUGGUUUAUUUAAAAGUGUGUUUUGAAUCAUCUGAGUCUCAUUCUGGUAUAAGUAAUCAUUUGGAAUUAUAUGCUAAUUACUGUUUUGCAAUGUUAUUGCUUGGAUCAAGGAGAUGAUGGGGUUUAAGUGCAAUUAAAUCAUUUAUCUGGGAGACCUGUCUCCCAUUAUGUAAUAUAUAAUUAAAAACAAAGUGUUGUAAACCUUUCAUUCUUGCCUAAAUAAAAACAUCUGCUAUUUUCAAUUCCUAA